GCAUUUUUCAUCCGGUUCGUUUUAUCCAUCGACGUUUCCGAUCUUUGCCCAUUGCAUUGAUGUUGUGAUAUCUUCUGUGGGCAGGAGCUUAUUUAAAAUGUCUAGGGCACAAGCUGAAAGUGUCAUCAAGAAUAUUAUACGCGAAAUUGCUCAAGAAUGCGCCAGUAAAGGGCAGGCGGUUUCAGAGACUCUUGUAGCGUUUAUGGUCAAAGCAGUUGUUUUAGAUCCUGAUAAUGAAUUUAACGUGGACAGAACUUUGACCAAAGAUGACGUACAGAAACUUAUCAUGCUUUGUGUGGACAGAUUGCUGGACUCACAGUCUCCUUCGUUGGAUACAGUCAAGAUGCAGGUGUAUUUCGAUAUGAAUUACACCAGCCGAGGUAUCACUAGCUUUAAAAAAAUUGUUAUGAUUCACAUCAUAGAAUUUGAUCCCUGGGGGGGGGGGCCAGAUAAAGAGGCAAGCGUGAAAGAAGUGUUCAAGGACACGGCUGUCAAUGUGACGGUAGGGGGACAAAAACAUCUGGGUGCGGUGAUAGGUUCACGGGAAUAUCUAGAGGAAACGUUAGCGAGAAGGUGA